AUGCCUCAACGGAUGUCGCGGACCAAGGAUUUGGGCGCUGGUCAUGCCACGCGAUUCACAGGAAUUACGCCAGCCUCCUGCCUAAUGUCCCGACGGGGCCUCAUCGUCACGGCCGUUUUCGUCAUGAGUUCCUCGGCCGUCGUCGUUUCCGCCGCUAUUUCUCCCCACAGCCGACAGCGAUCUGAGCCCCUGCCAUCCAUGCUGAACAUCGGAUCACUGUUCGAUGACCCUUGGGAGACAUCUUGGAAGACGAGACAUUUGCCGCUUGACUAUAAGUGUGAUUCGAGCGCGUGUCGGGAUGUCGGCGAAGACCUGAGAAAGAACGUCGCCUGGUCCUUGAACCCGUGUGCCGAUUUCUACGAGUACGUCUGCCACAACAACCACUUGCAUACUAACGUCUAUGACCACGCCGUGACGCAGUAUCUGCGCGAAGUUCGUGACGUGAUACAAAAUUACGAAGACCCCGGCUUCUCCCGGAGAACUGCUAUUUCGAAAAAGAUCACGCGGUUCUUUGCCGCUUGCCAGUCAAGUCGCACUGACCUGUCUUCCUGGAGGUCCCAGCUCGAGGACACUUGGAAGUACUUGGAACUGGACGGAGACUUGGAGGCUGUCGAGAACAUGUUGGCAACGUUCUCGAGAGUCCUCGAAAUCUUUCCCGUGAUUCACGUGGCCGUACUCGAGGCGUCCCACAAAGCAUGUGUGCUCCUAUCGAGACCCCAUGGAAACGGGGCUGAUCGCAUCUUCCAAGUGCCACACGCGUUUUCGACGUCCUUCCAACAUUUUGCGGCCGACCUACUCGGGCACAAAGGAAAAAUUAGUGAUGACAUCACUGACCUCAUCGGCUCUGCAGCCAAGGUGGAGUCUGAACUCCAGAAGUACUCCGGUCCGCGUGGUGAGCAGUACAACCACCUCAAUGAAUACGGUGACAUGCCCGCCUCGGAGGUUGGUGAGGGUAGCGCAGCAUUUGACUGGACUUCAUACUUGAGGAAAUUCCUCAGCGGGGCAUUUUCAGUGAAGGCGGACUCCUGCGUCAUUGUGAAGUCUCCGGAGUACGUGAGACAUCUAGUAAAUGUAUUCGGCAAGGUUUCGAGGAACGAUGUGCGCUCGUUUCUCAAACUCAGGGCUGCUAUGGCACUGAUUCCAUUCCGGAAGCUGGCGGACAACCCUAAGAAGAAAGAUAUCGAAAAGCUUUGCACACUGGCCACGUACAACCUCUACAGGUACGCCUUCCUAAAGGAGUUCAACGAAACGUACCUUCUGGCGGUGGCCUUUGGCGUUCAUCGGAAUCUGGUCACCAUGAAGGGCUCCUACAAGCACGUCAUCACAUCGGCCCAGCCUACUUCCAAAGCCAAAAUCGCGAUUGAUGAGGCCUUGAGUGACACUAAAGUCAAGUACUUCAUGGUAAUGAAGGACGUCGACAGCUACUACAGCAGCAUUGCGAUCACACCGACCAAGGAAAUCGCCCGCAGUUACGUAAAGGGCAUGGUAUCCAUGACACAGCCUUGGCUGCGAGUGGUGGUCGCCUCCGGAGGCAAAAUCCAGGAAAACCAUCUGAACGUUCGCUGGGACUUCGACCCGGACACGAGCACGCUUCUAGUUCCCAUCUCUAUAAGCCACCUGAAGCAUAAGGAGGACAAGGAGUUCUUCCUGGAGUCCGCGAGUCUCGGGGGCGCCAUGAUGCGAUUCUUUUACAUGGCGUUCCAUGAGAGGGCGCUGUUCUCAUCGGCUGGCUCGACUCACGAUGGCCACAACAAUGCAACCGCAAUCGCUUGCCUUGAGAAGCAGUACGCAUCAAAGGCAGUGAACAAGACAAAGAUCAACGGACACAGGGUCUUGAGGAUGGUAGCUGCGGACAAUGCCAUCGUGCCCGUGUUGCACAGGGUCUUCAAGAUGUCGCUGCACUUACGCAAGAUCGAAUUCAUCAACUACAAGAAGCUGCAGAUGUCGCUGGCCAACCUUCCCAACGUAGAUGCCGACCAGCUGUUUUUCCUCAUGUAUGGCCAGACCUUAUGCGAGCGGCACGAGGACACUGCCCGUGUCUUGGCGCAGGCACCGUGGCCUCCCGCCAGGAUCAGGCUCAACACAGCGUUUUCCAACUACCCGGAGUUCGCCAAUGCCUUCAAGUGCGGCAACGGAACCGCCAUGAACCCGAAAAAGCGCUGCUCAGUUUUUCACUUUUAA